AUGCCUUUAUUGCGACUUUGUUAACACUAAACUUAAAUUGAGUGUCGUUGCAUUGUUACAAUGUUGCACAUUGCUCACUAGAUGGCACUAUAACAAAGUUGAUAGAGAAACAAUGAGUCUUCUGACAUAAUUUAUUAUAGCAGUUUUGUUAAGUAGGCAAUGCAGCUUCUUAACUUCUACGACAGCAAAUUAGAAUGCACGAGGUUUUGAAUUCUUUACAAAAGUAGGGGCAACUGCAUUUUUCCAGUACGCAUGAUUUUGUAUCCUUUCAGAAAGCAGGAAGCAGCACGCUGUUAAUCGCAGUCAGACAGAUAACAGCAUUUCCUGGGAAGGUCAAUUCAACGGCAUUGUUUACAAAGGUGUUUUGAUUGUGUCUUUCGGUGGCUACAAAUUCAUUCAAACGAAUGUCAGUGACUUUGGCCCGUGAUCUUGGAUUACCGAUGGACCAACAGCACAAAUCCCAUGCUUGGAUGUGAUUCCACCACUGUGAGCCUGAUGUACAGAGAAGGAAGGACCGGUUCUGAUGGCAGACCAUCUUCCCUCAGGGCUACUGGAAGCGUGUGUUGUUGUCGGAGCCUCUGGGGAUAAACUCAAGGAUGUCUACCAGUCUCUACAGCAGGGCAACAGCACAACAGACCUCCUUAUUUUAGACCCAGAGGUCUUGCAAGUCCACGUACCUCCGUUUGUGACCAAAGAGAAUGCAGAUGAGUCUGGUGUCCCCAGAACCUUCAGUCGAGUCCAGUGCAGACGGUCCUUCAUCAAGAAGAAGGAGAGGCUAGUGGUGGCUCCUAGUGGCCCUGGAGGGGCCGGGAGCAGUGAGGGGGCCACUGUCACGGAGGAUGUCAGCGUCCCCAAGGACAUUGACCUCAUGGCCCUGCCCCAACUCUGCUUUCCAGGUAGAGGGGGGCUUCAAGUAACAAAUGAACCAAAAGAAGAGCGUUUUCACUUUCUAGUCUUCACGGAUGUGUUCGGUAACCAAACCCAUGGAGUGGUUGUUCAGUGUUGUAGACCAUUUCAGGAAGGGUCAGUAUUCUAUCAGAAUGGACACUGGUCGUCCACCAGGACCACUAAGCUCUACACUGCUUUUGCCAUCUGUGUCAUAUCCAAGCAUCCUUAUUACAAUGCUCUGAAGGACUGUCUGUCUUGCUUGCUGGUGCAGCUUAGAACAUGCAGGUUGUCUGAAGAGAGGGUGAAGGAAUUUGCAGCCAAACUGUCUCUAGUGCCCAUUCCACCCCCUGGACAACUACAUGUGGUGUUCAACCUGAGACCCCUGAUGAUCGUACUGCCUUCCAGAGAGGAUAAGGAACACCCCGCUGUAGACCUGGACCUCCAUUUGCCCUUCCUGUGCUUUAGAUCCAAACAGAUUUUACAGAUCAUCACUGGUAUUCUGAUGGAGCAGAGGGUAGUGUUCUUCUCAGCUGACUGGGCCCGCCUCACCCUGGUGGCAGAGUGUUUCAUGUUCUACAUCCACCCCCUCCACUGGCAGCACCCCUACGUGCCCAUCCUCUCAGCCCAGAUGCUGGACUUCAUCAUGGCCCCCACCGCCUUCCUCAUGGGCUGCCACCUCAACCACUUUGAGGAGGUCGCUGCGGAAACAGACGACCUGAUCUUGAUUAAUAUUGAUGAUGGAACAGUGUCUUCUUCCUGCUCAGAGACUGUCGACCUACCAGAUGUCCCCUUCGUUUCGGCAGAGUGUUUUACCAAGCGGAGGAAGGGCCUCCAGCUACAAUAUGAUCUAGAGGUGUGUCACCAAGGGGCCGGCACAGACGUUAAUGAGAUGCGCAUGCUGAGGAGACAAUGGCAGCAGAACCUGAACUGGGAAAUACAGAAGGUUACCUUGGAGCUCAUUGUCAACAUGUUCAGGGAUGUCAGUGGUCACCUGAACUAUGAACACCGAGUGUUUAACAGUGAAGAGUUCCUGAAGACCAGAGAGCUAGCUGACCUUCCCUUUUACAGAAAGGUCUUGGAGACACACAUUUUUCAUUCAUUCCUGAAGGACCGCCUCAAUAGGAAGAUGGAUGCUUUCACACGCAUGGAAGUCAACACUCGCUCAGAGACACAGAAAAUGAAGGCGAUGACAGACAACCCCAGGAGGCCCACCAUGCAGGAAAUGGCCAGGAAGUAUAGCAGCAACCCAGAGAUCCGUCUGAACAAGAGGCUGGGGAUGAGCCUCCCCAACCUGGGAGAGGAGCGCCAUCUCAACCUCCUCAGACAAACCUCCCUCAAGAAGACCAUUAUCCCUGAAAGUGCCUUCAAGAUCCCGCCCAAGCCUGUGAAGAUCUUCAAGCUGACAGAAUUUCCUCCUCCCAUGGUGCACCACCAUGUCCAGAACUACUAUGGAGAGUUGAUCAUACUACUGGGGAAGGCCAUCUCCUGUGUUCCUCCUGAGGACUCCACCCUCCUGGCCAGGUACUUCUACCUGCGUGGCUUCAUGAACACGCUGUGUUCCAAGCGUCUUGACGCCCUCAGCGACUUCCAGAACCUCUACAAGACGGACAUCGAGAUCUUCCCCACCGACCUGGUAAAGGCGCUAGUGGACUCGCUGCAGAAGGACGAGUUCUCCCAGGUGGACCGGUGGCCAGAGCUCAAGCGGCUCAUCUUCAAGGUGAAGACAGACAACGAGAUGGUGCUGGUCCAAGCUGACGACCAUGUGAAGAAGUUCCAGCUCCCUAAGACCCACAUGCUGCAGGAGGACUUUGUGAAGCGCAUCCAGGAGUCUGGGAUUGUGAAAGACGUCGCCACCAUCCAUAGGCUGUUUGAGGCUCUCACUGUGGGGCAACAUAAUCCGAUUGACCCAGAGGUGUUCUACACCUUCUGUUUCCAGGGCAACAGAAGCAGAUUGACCCAGAGGUGUUCCGUGUGUUCUACACCUUCUGGAAGGAGACGGAGGUGGAGGCCCAGGAUGUUCACCUGCCAGCUGAGGUCAUGGAGCACCUGGACAACAACGAGUGUGUCUACAAGCUGUCCUGCUCCGUCAAAACCAACCAGGGAGUGGGAGGUGAAAAUCUCCUUUGCUCCUUUCCUGCUGCUGAGGAUCCCGUCUCUGAAGAUCAAGUGCAGUCUGAGGAAGGAGGUGUUUGAGGCCAACCUGAAGUCUGCGUGUGACCUGUGGAAUCUCAUGGUCAGAGAGAUGUGGGCUGGGAGGACGAUGGCAGACGACCACAAGGAUCCUCAGUACAUGCAGCAGGCUUUGACUAACGUCUUGCUCAUGGAUGCUGUGGUUGGCUGCCUUCAGACCCAGAAAGCCAUAUUUGCCGCCUCCAAACUGGCAUACUUUGACAGAGUGAAACAUGAAGCAGUUCCUGUGAUGGUUCCAAAGACAACAUUGGAGACGUUGAAACACAAGAUCAAUCCAUCACUAGACCUCCCAGCCCCACAGACUGUACAUGUCUUACUCUACACACCAGGCCAGUUGAGUUACUCGGAGGCAGACGGAGAUGGGAACCCCAAGCUGUGGUGUGCCCUCAGUGGUGGGAGGGUGGUUGUGUUUGAUGCAGCCAGCUGGUCCAUGCAGCAGAACUGUGUUCAAGUGGGAUCCUCCCAACUGAACUGCAUGCUGGGAUUGGACCAGGAUCAAGUAUGGAUUGGCUCCCAGGAUUCCAUCAUUUACAUAAUUGACACUCGCAGCAUGUCCUGCAAUAAGCAGCUGACAGAGCACAGGCAUGAGGUUAUGGACUUUGCCCUGGAGGAGAGUGACAAGAUGAGACAAACAUACUCCUGUAGUGCCGAUGGAACAGUCAUUCUGUGGGACCUCUCAACGCUAAAAGUGAAAAAGCAGUUUCAACUGACCUGUGAUAGGCUUAUGUCCAUUCAGCUCUUCAAUGGAACACUGUGGUGCUGUGCCAGAGACGGCAUCGUUGAACUGAGGAAGAACGGAACCCCACAUCGUAAGAUGACACUUCCUGAGGAUCUACGGAGCAUGUCCACUGAGUUCAGCAGCCUCAUCCUCUUCUUAGAGAGGGGCCAGUUGUGGACGAGCUGUUCUGAUUCUGACGAGCUCUGUCUCUGGCACUGUAAAGACCUGACGAAGCCUUUCCUGAGGGUGCGGCUACAGAAUUGUACAGGGGUCAACUGUAUGAUCAAGGUUAAGAAUCAGAUCUGGGUUGGCUGCAGCGGGCCGAGCCCUGACCAGUGCAGGAUGAGUGGGAAGAUCUACAUAGUGGACACAGAGAGCCACAGUGUAGAGAAGGAGCUGAUGGCCCACACAGACAGUGUCCAGGCACUGUGCUCUGCAGAGGGCCGCUAUGUACUCAGUGGCUCCGCCUGCCAGGAUGGCAAAAUCGCCAUUUGGAAGGUUGAGUAGAGGACAAGUAGCCUGGUCCAGUAUCUGUUUGUGUGGGUUUGCCAACUCUUUUAAGUGAAUAAAAUGUUUGGCACAACAAUGACAGGAGUUUCCUAAACAGCAGAAAUAGAUGUGGGACCAGGUUAGAGGAAGAGCCCUGCAGACCCCGAGGAGUCCUACAGGUCUGAGGAGACUAUAGCCCCCUCAAACUCAACUCUGGACCUGGAAGUCCGUUCCACUGCUUUGUUUAAUUGUUCCCCUCUAAUCAGGGACUGAUUUAGACCUGGGACUCCAGGUGGGUGAUUCCCCUCUAAUCAGGGACUGAUUUAGACCUGGGACUCCAGGUGGGUGAUUCCCCUCUAAUCAGGGACUGAUUUAGACCUGGGACUCCAGGUGGGUGAUUCCCCUCUAAUCAGGGACUGAUUUAGACCUGGGACUCCAGGUGGGUGAUUCCCCUCUAAUCAGGGACUGAUUUAGACCUGGGACUCCAGGUGGGUGAUUCCCCUCUAAUCAGGGACUGAUUUAGACCUGGGACUCCAGGUGGGUGAUUCCCCUCUAAUCAGGGACUGAUUUAGACCUGGGAAUCCAGGUGGGUGAUUCCCCUCUAAUCAGGGACUGAUUUAGACCUGGGAAUCCAGGUGGGUGAUUCCCCUCUAAUCAGGGACUGAUUUAGACCUGGGACUCCAGGUGGGUGAUUCCCCUCUAAUCAGGGACUGAUUUAGACCUGGGACUCCAGGUGGGUGAUUCCCCUCUAAUCAGGGACUGAUUUAGACCUGGGACUCCAGGUGGGUGAUUCCCCUCUAAUCAGGGACUGAUUUAGACCUGGGACUCCAGGUGGGUGAUUCCCCUCUAAUCAGGGACUAAUUUAGACCUGGGACACCAGAUGGGUGAUUCCUCUCUAAUCAGGGACUGAUUUAGACCUGGGACACCAGGUGUUUGCAAUGAAUUAGCAGGUAGAAUAGAAAAGCAGCAGGCUCCGGACCUCAUGGGGUCAGAGUUGAAUGUCCCUGCUAUAGACUAUAAAUUGUUCUUAUUUUCCCUGAACACCUCAGAGAGAAGGUGAGCUUCUAAAUGUUUUUUCAAAGCUUUGUUCUAAAAUGUGCUUUUCCUGGAUUAAAGACUCAAGGUUGGCCAUUUUGUUUUUCACAUCCUUCCACGUCUGCGUCCCAAAUGGCCCCAGGCUGCUCCACCUUGUUGUCUGUCCAACCCCACCACGCUGCUCCACCUUGUUGUCUGUCCAACUCCACCACGCUGCUCCACCUUGUUGUCUGUCCAACCCCACCACGCUGCUCCACCUUGGUGUCUGUCUAACCCCACCACGCUGCUCCACCUUCGUGUCUGCCCCCCAACCCCACCACGCUGCUCCACCUUGUUGUCUGUCCAACUCCACCACGCUGUCUGUCCAACUCCACCUUGGUGUCUGCCCCCCAACCCCACCACGCUGCUCCACCUUGUUGUCUGUCCAACUCCACCACGCUGCUCCACCUUGGUGUCUGCCCCCCAACCCCACCACGCAGCUCCACCUUGUUGUCUGUCCAACCCCACCACGCAGCUCCACCUUGUGGUCUGACCCCAACCCCACCAUGCUGCUCCACCUUGGUGUCUGCCCCCCAACCCCACCACGCUGCUCCACUUUGUGGUCUGCCCCCCAACCCCACCAUGCUGCUCCACCUUGUGGGCUACCCCCCAACCCCACCACGCUGCUCCACCUUGUGGGCUGCCCCCCAACCCCACCACGCUGCUCCACCUUGUGGUCUGCCCCCCAACCCCACCACGCUGCUCCACCUUGUGGGCUGCCCCCCAACCCCACCACGCUGCUCCACCUUGUAGUCUGCCCCCCCAACCCCACCACGCUGCUCCACCUUGUGGUCUGUCCCCCAACCCCACCACGCUGCUCCACCUUGUGGGCUGCUCCCCAACCCCACCAUGCUGCUCCACCUUGUGGGCUGCCCCCCAACCCCACCACGCUGCUCCACCUUGUGGUCUGUCCCCCAACCCCACCAUGCUGCUCCACCUUGUAGUCUGCCCCCCAACCCCACCACGCUGCUCCACCUUGUAGUCUGCCCCCCAACCCCACCACGCUGCUCCACCUUGUGGGCUGCUCCCCAACCCCACCAUGCUGCUCCACCUUGUGGGCUGCCCCCCAACCCCACCACGCUGCUCCACCUUGUGGGCUGCUCCCCAACCCCACCACGCUGCUCCACCUUGUGGGCUGCUCCCCAACCCCACCACGCUGCUCCACCUUGUGGGCUGCCCCCCAACCCCACCACGCUGCUCCACCUUGUGGGCUGCCCCCCAACCCCACCACGCUGCUCCACCUUGUAGUCUGCCCCCCAACCCCACCACGCUGCUCCACCUUGUAGUCUGCCCCCCAACCCCACCACGCUGCUCCACCUUGUGGUCUGUCCCCCAACCCCACCAUGCUGCUCCACCUUGUGGGCUGCUCCCCCCCCCCCCCUCUCCCACCAUACUCAGCAGCUCCACCUUGUUGUCUGUCAAACCCCACCAUGCUACUCCACCUUGUUGUCUGUCCCCCCCCAUCCCACCGUACUCAGCAGCUCCACCUUGUUGUCUGUCCAACCCCACCAUGCUGGUCCACCUUGUUGUCUGUCCAACCCCACCAUGCUGCUCCACCUUGUGGUCUGUUCCCCCCCCCCCCCAUCCCACCGUACUCAGCAGCACCACCUUGUUCGAAAAUGUGAGGACCCUGCUAUUCCCUAUAUAGUACACUACUUUUGACCAGGGCCCUAUAGAGAAUAGGGUGCCAUUAGGGACGUAGACAAUAUACAGUGGACAUUGAGGCUCAGGGAAUGACAUGAUCAUGAAGAACCCUGUCAUCCUCUGUUCUCUUUAUGUUGGGGUCUGCCUGGAUAUACUGGAUAAUGAUGAUGUAAUAGCAUUUCUCUGACUGUUUCCCAAUAUUUUGAUUUUUUUCACAAAAAAUAUUCUGGAUACACUAAAUGUCUUCUUUCAGAUUCAUAUUUCUGCCUCACCCAUGUCUUAGCUGUCACAUACAAUAAAACAAUGAUUCUACAGUUA